UGGGAAGGAACGAGGCAGCAAGGCCCUAGAUGCCAGUGGGGGAGGGGGUGGCGGUGGUAAGAGCAAAGGCAAGGAGAAGGAGAAGAAGGAAAAGGAGGGCAAAGAGGAGAAGAAGAAGGAGAAGGGCCUCAAGAAGAAGGAGAAGGAGAAGCGCAAGGGCAAGGGCGCUGCCGAGGAACCGGCUCCGGAAUCGGCUCCGGGACAGGAACCGGAACCGCCUGCCUCAACUGUGGUUACGAAUCUGCGGCGGCAGCUACAGCGCGAGGAGGAGCCGGAGGAGGUGCCUGACAGCUGGGAGGAUGCCGCGGGCGAGGAGGAGCAGGAGGACCAGG